CAGCACGAUUUUUUUCCCGCGGUGUUUACAUUGAUUGUUUAUACAGUUUUUAUAAAGAAUUAUAACAUAAAAAGAACUCGUAAAAUCCCUUAACAUAUUUUUACAUUUGUUAAAUCCAUUCUCAAACCAUUAACAUGGGUAAGAAAUCAUCAACAUCAGUGAACAAAAGCAAAGAGAAGAGGCUCGCUAGGAAGCAAGAGCAGUACCGCAUAGCUGAUGGCAUGUCUCAUGUGACAUCAGCAAACAAGCUGACUGACUUGGCUUCUCUGUGCAAGGAGCUGUUGGUGUACCGGAGUAAUGACCUGGACGUUGAAAUGUACAUACAACGGGUCACGGAUCUCGAGAAGAAUGUUUUAGACUGGGCAAUAGACCUUACUGAAAGGAAUAUGAAGAAAUUGUAUGAGACCUGUGCCUGGGGCUGGAACAAGGAGAAGAAGGUUGAGGAGAUGAUGGAUGACUCGGCCUGGUACCUCAUCGCCAAGGAGAAGUCCGGCACACUUCUGGCGUUCUCACACUUCAGGUUCGACAUGGACUUUGGGAUUCCUGUCUUGUACUGCUAUGAGGUCCAAGUGGAAGCUGAAGGGCGGCGGCGCGGCCUUGGGCAGCGUGUGCUGAGCGUACUCGAGAAGCUCGCGCUCGCCACGCGCAUGCGCUGCGUGCGCCUGACCGCGCUCACGCACAAUCCCGCCGCCAGCGCUUUCUUCCGCGCAUGCGGAUACGUUUUAGACGAGACGAGUCCAGCGCUAGAAGACGCCGCGCACUACGAGAUCCUGAGUAAGCCCACAGACUCCACAGAGGGCCAGGAGACUUAACAACCCCACUGAACCACCGCCUAGUCAGCUCGCCAGCGCAUCCCAAGUGGGUCCAUAUUCCAUACUCACUAGUAUCCGAUUUAUUGUAAUUCUUAACGUGAUCUUGCAUCAUGAUUGGACGUAGUUUGGCGAGAAGGGUCCAAUCCAAAAAUACAUUUCCAAUUCUGUCAUUCAACACCAAAUCUGUGACACUUUAUUAUUUUAUGUCAGACUUAAGGCACUGGUCCCACCACGAGCUAGUAAACUAUGAGCUAUCAGCUAUAGAACGAA